GGCUCCGUGCGGACCAUGUAUUUCCUGAGCGGCUGGCCCAAGCGGCUGCUGUGCCCGCCGGGGCGCCCGGCCGAGGCGCCGCUCCACGUCCAGGCCGACCCGCACAGGGCUUUCUUCGCCGUCCUGGCCCCGGCUCGCCUCAGCAUCUGGUUCAGCCGACCUAGUGUGUUAAUUGUAACCUACAAGGAACCUGCAAAAUCGUCUACUCAGUUUGGAUCCUACAAACAAGCUGAAUGGAGGCCAGAUAGUACCAUGAUAGCUGUGUCAACAGCAAAUGGCUACAUCUUGUUUUUUCACAUUAUAUCUACAAGAGGGGACAAGUACCUUUAUGAACCUGUCUAUCCCAAAGGAAGUCCACAAACGAAGGGAACACCCCAUUUUAAGGAAGAACAAUGUGCACCAGCAUUAAAUUUAGAGAUGAAGAAAAUACUGGACUUGCAAGCACCCAUCAUGAGUUUGCAGUCUGUGCUGGAAGAUCUCCUGGUUGCUACUUCUGAUGGACUUCUUCAUCUUAUUCACUGGGAAGGCAUGACAAAUGGAAGGAAAGCCAUUAAUCUUUGCACAGUACCCUUUUCAGUAGAUCUGCAGUCGUCUAGAGCAGGUUCAUUCCUGGGCUUCGCAGAUGUGUACGUCAGAGACAUGGAAUACUGUGCCACACUGGAUGGCUUUGCCGUUGUGUUUAAUGACGGCAAAGUGGGAUUUAUUACACCGGUGUCGAGUAGAUUUACUGCAGAGCAGCUCCAUGGAGUUUGGCCCCAAGAUAUUGUUGAUGGAACUUGUGUAGCAGUAAAUAACAAAUAUCGACUAAUGGCGUUUGGUUGUGCAAGUGGUUCUGUGCAGGUUUACACAAUAGAUAACACCACCGGCGCCAUGCUGCUAUCUCAUAAACUAGAGCUGACAGCAAAGCAGUAUCCUGACAUUUGGAAUAAAACUGGAGCUGUUAAAUUGAUCAAAUGGUCUCCUGACAAUAGUGUUGUGGUAGUGACCUGGGAGUGUGGAGGCCUUUCUUUAUGGAGCGUGUUUGGAGCCCAGCUGAUCUGUACACUUGGAGGAGAUUUUGCUUAUAGGUCUGAUGGUACCAAAAAAGAGCCUCUUAAGAUCAAUUCUAUGAGCUGGGGCGCAGAAGGCUAUCACCUGUGGGUAGUCAGUGGAUUUUGUUCUCAGAAUACUGAAACGGAGUCUGACCUCAAGAGCCUAGUUAAACAGCCCAGCAUUCUGCUAUUUCAGUUUAUCAAGAGCGUACUCACCGUAAACCCUUGUAUGAGUAAUCAAGAGCAGGUGUUGCUACAGGGGGAGGAUCGCUUGUAUUUGAACUGCGGGGAGGCCUCCCAAGCCCAGAAUCCCCGGAGCUCUUCAGCACACUCCGCGCAUAAGUCCAGGCAGGAAAAGAGCCCAUUUGCCGAUGGAGGUUUCGAGUCUCAGGGUUUAAGCACUUUACUUGGCCAUCGGCAUUGGCAUGUUGUACAGAUUUCCAGCACCUAUCUAGAGAGCAAUUGGCCUAUCCGGUUUUCAGCUAUCGAUAAGCUUGGACAGAACGUUGCCGUAGUCGGCAAGUCUGGUUUUGCACAUUACUCUUUACUCACCAAAAGAUGGAAGCUUUUCGGAAACAUUACCCAGGAACAAAAUAUGAUUGUGACAGGCGGCUUAGCCUGGUGGAAUGAUUUUAUCGUCCUUGCGUGUUACAACAUAAGUGACCAUCAAGAAGAGCUCAGAGUAUACUUGCGAACAUCUAAUCUGGACAAUGCAUUUGCACAUGUCACCAAAGCACAAGCAGAAACAUUACUGCUGAGUGUCUUCCGGGACAUGGUGAUAGUAUUCCGAGCAGACUGCUUAAUAUGCCUUUACAGUAUUGAAAGAAAAUCUGAUGGUCCAAAUACUACUGCCAGUAUUCAAGUUCUUCAGGAGGUCUCCAUGUCACGCUACAUUCCUCACCCGUUCCUGGUAGUGUCUGUCACUCUGACAUCAGUGAGCACGGAGAACGGAAUCACCUUGAAAGUGCCACAGCAGGCUCGGGAUGCAGAGAGCAUUAUGCUCAAUCUGGCAGGACAGCUCAUCAUGAUGCAGAGGGACAGGUCUGGCCCCCAAAUCCGGGAGAAGGAGAGCAACCCCAACCAGAGGAAACUUCUGCCCUUCUGCCCCCCUGUUGUCCUGGCCCAGUCUGUGGAGAACGUCUGGACCACCUGCCGAGCAAAUAAGCAAAAGCGCCACCUCCUGGAGGCCCUGUGGCUGAGCUGCGGUGGCGCAGGCAUGAAGGUCUGGCUUCCGCUCUUCCCUCGGGACCAUCGCAAGCCCCAUUCCUUCCUGUCCCAGCGGAUCAUGCUGCCCUUCCACAUCAACAUUUACCCCCUGGCUGUCCUGUUUGAAGACGCAUUGGUCCUCGGUGCUGUCAACGACACUUUGCUCUACGACUCUCUGUGCGCUCGGAGCAGUGCUCGGGAGCAGCUGGAGGGGCUGUUCCCCUUCUGUGUCGUGGAGAGAACCUCGCAGAUCUACCUCCACCACAUUCUGCGCCAGCUGCUGGUCAGGAACCUCGGGGAGCAGGCCCUGCUGCUGGCCCAGUCGUGCGCCGCGCUCCCUUACUUCCCGCACGUGCUGGAGCUCAUGCUGCAUGAAGUGCUGGAAGAAGAAGCUACCUCACGGGAGCCCAUUCCCGACCCUCUGCUGCCCACGGUGGCCAAGUUCAUCACCGAGUUCCCCCUCUUCCUGCAGACGGUCGUUCACUGUGCCAGGAAGACUGAGUAUGCCCUGUGGAACUACCUUUUUGCAGCCGUUGGAAAUCCUAAGGACUUGUUUGAGGAAUGUUUGAUGGCUCAGGAUUUGGACACAGCUGCCUCUUAUCUUAUUAUCUUACAGAAUAUGGAAGUCCCAGCCGUGAGUAGGCAACAUGCCACCCUACUGUUCAACACGGCACUGGAACAAGGCAAGUGGGACCUCUGCCGACACAUGAUUCGGUUUCUUAAAGCCAUUGGCUCUGGAGAAUCAGAGACCCCUCCAUCCACACCCACAGUUCAGGAACCCAGUUCAAGUGGUGGAUUUGAGUUCUUCAGGAAUCGAAGCAUCAGUUUAUCCCAGUCAGCUGAGAAUGUUCCUGCAAGUAAAUUCAGCUUACAGAAAACACUAAGCAUGCCAACUGGUCCUUCUGGUAAAAGGUGGAGCAGAGACAGCGACUGUGCUGAGAACAUGUACAUUGACGUGAUGCUCUGGAGACAUGCGCGGCGCCUCCUGGAAGAAGUGCGGCUCAAGGACCUUGGCUGCUUUGCCGCCCAGCUGGGCUUUGAGCUGAUUAGUUGGCUGUGCAAGGAACGGACCCGGGCGGCCCGGGUGGACAACUUCGUGAUAGCCCUGAAGAGACUCCACAAAGAUUUCCUGUGGCCACUGCCCAUCAUCCCCGCCUCUUCCAUCAGCUCUCCCUUCAAGAACGGAAAGUACCGACCAGUAGGAGAGCAGAUAUUAAAGCCCCAAUCAGCUGGCCCUUUUUUAAACCCCGAGAUGGAUGCUGGCAUCUCUAACAUCCAACGAAGUCAGAGCUGGCUUGGCACCCUCGGUCCCACCCACCAGGAGAUAGACUCAGCCUCGUCCCAUGGAGCACAAACCCAAGACGCCUUCCUGUCUCCUCUGUUUAAUAAAGGUGAUGAAUGCAGUAUCGGUUCAGCCACAGACUUGACUGAGAGCAGCUCCAUGGUGGAUGGGGACUGGACAAUGGUGGAUGAGAAUUUCUCCACGCUUAGUCUGACCCAGUCAGAGCUGGAGCACAUCUCUAUGGAACUGGCGAGUAAAGGGCCUCACAAGUCACAGGUCCAGCUUCGGUAUUUGCUGCACAUCUUCAUGGAGGCCGGGUGUCUGGACUGGUGCAUUGUCAUAGGCCUGAUUCUCAGAGAACCCUCAGUCAUCAGCCAGACUUUGGUUGUUAUGCAGUCGUCAGAGGUGGAUGGAGAGACGUUACAGAACAUAAAGACAGGGCUGCAUGCUGUGGACCGAUGGGCCACCUCAGACUGAUUUAGGAUCGGAGCAGUAAGAGCUGACUGCUUCUUAAAUGCCUGACAGUAGAAGACUGGGGCAAGCGAACACUGUUCAUACAGUAAAAUUGUAAAGAAUUGCUGAUGGCAUGGAAAACAUUGAAAAUAUAAUGAAAAAUGACAAAGUUAAGCAGACCACAUGAGCUCCACCUGCAGACGAGAGUUUACAGACAACGGCAGAGGAGACCAGACCGCAUCUCUAAGAGGGUAUUAAACGGGACUGGCCUUUCAUGUUUUCCUGUAUUGUCCAAAGUAUACUCUGCAAUGAACCUGCAUGCUUUCAUGGGAAAAACGCAUCAGGGAACAAACGCUUGCUAAAGCGCUAUGACUUGGCCACGGAGAGCUCCCAGCUUUUCCAUAUUAGGAUCCCGUUACCAAGAGAGACUGGCUCAUUGGUAAGUUCAACUCGAUGCUCUGGAGAAUGAGCUGCCUGAGCCCGCUCAGGACUGGGCCCAUCCCUGUCGUACCCAGCUGGGACCAGCAAGAGGGGUCACACUCAACACGCAGGUGCAUCUCAGCGGCCAGGUUAUAGGGUGAGGGGAGAAGCAAUUCCUACAGGAGCGGUGGGCAUGGGGCACCCCACAGAAUCCACUGCUAUUACACAACUUUCUACAGUUCCCGGUGUGUGGUCCUGACACAACACCGUGGUUCCUGGAAAGCUCAUGUUCAAUUCUCGAAGCAAGGCUAAAUAGAAAGCAUGCUCCUCAUGAAAAGAGUUUUAAGUGGAAUUAAUUCAUAUGCCACAAAACCCGCCUUUUUAAAAAAGUAUAGAACUCAGUGGUUAAUGUAUUCACAGUUUAUAAUUCCAGCACAUUAUCACCUCCUAAGUAGAAACUCCACACCUAUUUGCAGUCACUCCCCACUCCCAGCCCCUGGCAACUACCAGUCUACCUUCUAACUCUAGAUAUGCCUAGUCUGGACACUUCAUGGAACCCUGGUGGCAUAGUGGUUAAGAGGACGGCUGCUAACACAAAGGUCAGCAGUUCAGAUCCACCAGCCAUUCCUUGGAAACCCUAUGGGGCAGUUCUACUACUGUGUCCUUUUUUUUUUUGGACCUUUCAUACAAAUGGAAUCCUACAAUAUGUGGCCUUUGCGCCUGGCUUCUUUCACUUAGCAUAAUUUUUUUUUUAUUGUGGUACAAAUACAUGUAACAAAGCAUUUGCAGAUCCGUUUUUUACAUAAUUCAGCCGCAUUACUUUUCCUGGCCUCUCCUGCUGUUUCUCCAGGCUCUGCCCUCUACCAGGUCCAGGGUUUUUGCUGCUGCUGGGUCCAAUCCCCUCUGAUGAACUUCCAAUCUCUUAUCCCCCGGGCUGACGUCUCCACCCUGAGACAAAAAGCUUCAGCACAGAGCUUCCCUGUCCCCAAGGAGCAUGCUUACCCAUCCCUGACAGCCAAAUAUUCCACAGCCCUGGAAGCUCCUGUGGCCUCUGGCUUCCCAGGCCUUUGUUGGCCUCACCAGGCCUCCUGAGGCUUAGUUGGUGGCUCGCCGCUCAGUGGCCUCAGGUGUGAGCCUUCGUCCUCUCAGGCCCAGGACCAAAAGGCCCAAUCCUUCACUGCAGAAGGGUUCCACACCUUGCGGCUUUCAUCAUGUGUGACCAUCACCACUGUCCUUUUCCAAAUUACUCCACCACCAUUAACCCAGUGCUGCCUUAGCAAAGACUCCCCAUUUGCCCAUUUCUUUUAAGUGGGAUCAUACAAUAGGUUUUUCCUUUCGUGACUGACUUUUUUCACUCAGCAUGUUUUCAAGAUUCAUCCAUGUUGCAGUAUUUAUCAGAACUUCAUUUGUCUUUACAGCUGAGUAACAAGCCAUUGCAUGUAUAUACCAAGGAGGCCUAGUGAUUAAGUACUCGGCUGCUAAAAGAGAGGUUGGUGGUUGGAACCCACCAUCUGCGCCUUGGGAGAAAGAUGUGGCAGUCUGCUUCCGUAAAGAUUUACAGCCUUGGAAACCCUAUAGGGCAGUUCUACUCAGUUCUACUCUGUGCUAUAAGGUCGCUAUGAGUAGGAAUCAAUGCCACGGCAGUGGGUUUGGUUUUCUGGGAUGUGUCUUAGGCUGUGUUCUCUAGAGAGGCAAAACCAGUAAAGGGUAUAAAUAUAGAGAUUUAUAUCAAGGAAAAAGCUCACACGAAUCUAGAGGCUGGAACAUCCCAAGUCUGUGGAUCAGGAUAGUGGCUUCUCUAGAUUCACGGAGCCACAGGCUGGCAAACCCAAGCUGGCAGAUCAGAGAGCAGGGUUCUCACUCUCAGGGUGUGAAGAUAGACGAAUCCCAAGAUCUGCAGAUAAGCUGAUAGCUCAAGUCCCAAGAGCCAGAGGUCACAUGAACAGGAGGAUGCCAGAGGAUUGAGUGAGGAAAAAGCCAGAAUGUCUGCUUCUAUUUGGAUGCAGGCCACACCCCCAAGGAAACUGCCUUCCAGUUGAUUGGCUACUCACAGCAGAUGGCAUCAUGGGAGUGAUCACAUAUGAACACUGAAAAUCAUGGCCCAGCCAAGUUGACACACAUUAACCAUCACAGUCCACCCCUUGUCAACUUGGCACAUGUACACAUCUCCUUAAACCAUACAUAAUCUCUGAAUAAAGACAAUUAUAAAGUCAUACUUGUGCCUAACAUGAUAAAACUAACAUGGGUAUGGCUGAAAAUGCACUAGCCCAAUUUAUAUCUUAUAUUUUAUAAGUGAAGAAAACAAAAAUAUUUGAUGCACACGUACAAAGCAGAAACACUUCUAACAAUUAGUCCUCGUUUCUACAACAGGUCACGUGGCCAUAAGUGGUAUCUAGAACUACCUUCUUCCACCACCCAUUCCAUAUUCCCUUUGCCCUCAGCAAGCACCUCGGCUGGUCAUGGUUCUUUGCCUGGUGGGGUGACCCAAACCUUCAUUUCUGGAUGUGGAUCAUUAGUAGUCAUAUCGGAAUUGGGUUGCUGUGGUUUUACAUUCUAUACCUGCAGAGCAUAAGAUCAUGGGGACAGGAAGCAAAAAUCUUACAAGUGGGGUCACUAGGGGUAACAGUGGGUGGUACCACUAUUUCCACACCUUGAUUCCUGGACCCAUGAAUCCUGGCUAUGGGAGAAACAGUGCCAUAUAUUAGAUGCUGGUUUAGAGCAUAUACAGCCUCCUGGACAACACUGCCCCCAACACUACAAGGUAUUGUCACCUAGCUGGUGCCAUAAUUGUGUCUUUGGAAGGCUAUUCCAUCAUUGCAUUGAGCCAGAUGCUUUAGGGUGAUGAGGAACAUGGUAAGACCAGUGAAUUCCAUAAGCAUGGGCCCACUGCAGCACUUCAUUUGCUAUGAAGUGAGCCCCUUGAUCUAAGGCAAUGCUGUGUGGGAUACCAUGAUGGUGGAUAAAGCAUUCUGUAAGUCCACGGAUGGUAGUUUUGGCAGAAGCAUUGUGUGCAGGGAAGGCAAAUUCAUAUCCAGAGUAAGUGUCUAUUCCAGUAAGGACAAAAUGCUGCUUUUUCCAUGAUGGAAGUGGUCCAAUGUAAUCAACUUGCCACCAGGUUACUGGCUGAUCACCUCAAGGGAUGGUGCCAUAUCAAAACUCAGUGUUGGUCUCUGCUGCUGGCAGACUGGGCACUCAAUAGUAGCUGUAGCCAAGUCGGCCUUGGUGAGUGGAAGUCCAUGUUGCUGAGCCCAUGCAUAACCUCCAUCCUCACCACCAUGGCCACUUUGCUCAUGAGCCCACUGAGGAAUGAUGGGAGUAGCUGGGAAAAAAGGAUGACUAGCGUUGACAGAACAAGUCAUCCUAUCCUCUGCUGAGGUCACCCUCUGGUGAGCAUUCACAUGAGACACAAAUAUCUUCACUUCUUUGGCCCAUUCAGAGAUCUGUCCACAUACCUCUUCCCCAUAAAUCCUUGUCUCCAAUUCUCCUCAUGUGCCUUCCAUGUCCCUGACCAUCCAGCUAAACCACUGGCCAGUGCCCACGAAUCAGCAUAUAAUCACACAUCAGGCCAUUACUCCUUCCAAGCAAAGUGAACUAGGUGCACUGCUCAAAGGUAAGCCAACUGAGAGCAUUUACCUUCACCACUGUCCUUCAGGGAGAUUCCCAGAAUGGUGCUGUUGCUGUCCACUUUCAAGUGGUGCCUGCGUAUCACACAGAACCAUCUGUAAACCAGGCAUGGGCUUUCUCUUCAGUCAACUGAUCAUAAGGAACUCCCCGUGAGGUCACAGGUGCAGACUUGGAGAUGGAAGGUAAUGGGACGGGAGUGGAGACCAUGGGCAUUUGGGCCACUUCCUCAUGCAACGUACUUGUGCCUUCAGGUCCUGCUGGGAUCCGAUCUCUUAUAUACCACUUCCAUUUAAUGAUGGAGUACUGCUGUGCAUGUCCGACUUUAUGACUCUGGGUCAAACAACAUCCAGUUCAUGAUGGGCAGCUCAGCCCGCAUGGUGACUUGGUAGCCCAUGGCUAACUGUUUAGUUUCCACUAAGGCCCAGUAACAAGCCAAAAGCUGUUUCUCAAAAGAAGAGCAGUUAUCUGCAGAUGGCAGGGCUUUGCUCCAAAAUCCUAAGGGUCUGCACUGUGAUUCACCAAUAAGGGCCUGACAGACACUUCAAGCACCAUUGGAUCAGCUGGAUCAUAUGGCCCAAGUGGCAGAGUGGCUUCACAGCAGUCUGAACCUGUUGCAGAGCCUUCUCUUGUUCUGGGUCCCACUCAAAACUAGCAGCUUUUUGAGUCACUUGAUAAAUAGGCUGGAGUAGCACACCCAAAUGAGGAGUGUGUUGCCUCCAAAAUCCAAAAAGGCCCGUUAUCAUUGUGCCUCCUUUUUAGUUGGGGGGGUAGCCAGAUUCGAUAACUCUGCCUUCACUUUAGAAGGAGUAUCUCGACAUGCCCCACACCACUGAGGAGGAAGGUGCCUAAAUUUUUUGUGGGAUUAAUUUCCCACCCUCUAGCAUGCAAAUAUUUUACCAAUAAGACCAGAAUCAUUGACACUUCUUAAUAAAUCCAAUCAGCAUAACAUCAUCCAUGUAAUGGACCAGUGUGACAUCUUGUAGAAGGGAAGAGCUAUCAAAGUUCCUUUGGACUAAAUUAUGACAUAGGGCUGGAGAGCUGAUGUAGCCCUGAGGUAGGCAAGUGAACGUAUAUUGCUUGCCUUGCGAGCUGAAGGCAAGCUGCUUCUGAUGGUCCUUCAAAACAGGUAAGGAUAAAAAGGCAUUAGGCAGAUAGAUAGCUGCAUACCAGGUACCAGGAGAUGUAUUAAUGAAACUACAUCUGGAACAGCAGCUGCACUUGGAGUCACCACCUGGUUAAGUUUUCAGUAAUCUACUGUCAUUUUCCAAGAUCCAUCUGUUUUUUGCACAGGCAAAAUACACAAAUUGAUUGGGGAUAUGGUAGGAAUCACCACCCCUGCAUUCUUCAAGUCCUUAAUGGUGGCAGUAAUCUUUGCAAUCCCUCCACAAAUGUCAUGUUGCUUUUGGUUUACUAUUUUCCUAGGUAGGGGCAGUUUUAAUGGCUUCCACUUGGCUUUUCGUACUGUAAUAGCCCUUACUCUAUUUGUCAGAGAUCCAAUGUGGGGGUUCUGCCAGUUGCUGAGUGUAUCUAUUCCAAUUAUGCGCAUUCUGGAACUGGGGAAACCACUACAGGAUGGGUUCAGGGAUCCACUGGACCUACUGAAAUGGACACGAAUCAAGACUCCUUAAUAACCUGACCUCCAUAUGCCCCGCUCUGACUGGUGGGCCACAGUGACAUUUUGGGUCUCCUGGAAUUAGUGUCAGUUCACAGCCAGUAUCCAGUAAUCCCUCGGAAGUCUGAUUAUUUCCUUUUCACCACUGAACAGUCACUCUUGUAAAAGGCCGUAGAUUCCUUUGGGGAAGGCUGGGAGAAAGAUUAACAGUAAAAAUUAUCGGCAGUGUAUUCGAGUCCUUCCUCAAGGGGACCAGCCACCCCUUCAUUCGAGGGGUUGUGGGUCUUUAAACUCGCUCAAAUCUGGAAAUUGACUGACCAUGACUCUGUAUUCCGGCGAUUUGAGUUAGACUGCUGUUCACCUGACUGAGAAUUCACCUGUUUGUACAGAUCAAGUAAAUAUUUAGUAGAUUUCCUAUUUCGCUCCUAGGGACACCAUGACUAAGUAGCCAAUGCCAAAAGCCCAUAUGAGUCAAAAGUAUUCUGAUUACUGCAUUGACCCUGCUGUCCAUUACUGUAACCAGGCCCACCUUGUCUUUGUCAAUUGAGUGCAGCCACUUGGCCCCUACUACCAAAGGGUCCAAUCAGCCCCACUGUAGUUAGGUGUCUUAAUUCAGGUAGGGCAGCUCCCACCAUCAAGUCUGAUUUUCGUAAAACAGCAAUCACAGCAGUCUUCAAGGAUGCUGGAGCUCCCUUCACAAAUUUGUUCCUCAGUUGUGGUAAAAGGUGUGCUCCCUGGGCACUCUGUGUGGGUCUGUGGGUCUAACCUGAUAAAUCCACUCUAACAUGCCAAUUUCCUUAAGCACUUGGAUACUUUCUUCUACAGUGUACAAAUACAGGUCUGGUAUUUCAACUCUGUUUAGUGUAGGCCACCUCAUAAUCCAUGCUUCAGCAACCCAACCAAAUAAACUAUUAGAUCCUUUCCUAACUUUUCAAGUUGAAACACUGAAGAAUCUGUGCUUAGUGGACCCACAUCAAUAAACUCACACUGACCCAUCUUUAUGUUCCUUGCACCAUUAUCCCACACCCUUAAAACAGCCAUUCCCACAUAUAUUCCCCAGGUUUCUGUUUGUAUAUAUUUGAAAAUUCAAGCAGUUCUUUCGGGGUGUGGCAUACCUCCUCCUGGGUCACACUUUGUACUUCACCUUUUGCAACUUGCUGGGACUUAAGUCUAGUUAUAGGUCUAGAAGCCAAAAUCGAUAGUGUAGAAUUGUUUUGAGAGCAUUUAGCAUUGUCUUGCAAAGCAUCUGCCACAGAUCAUGCCCCAGGCAAUGACUCAGGCAAGGGCUCCUUAGAGGACGCUGGGCUAGGGCUAAUCUCAUUAGAUGGGAGUGGAGGGGCUAAUGGUUUUUCUGGGCAGGAUGGUUUAGUAGACAAACAUGGAGUAAUCUCUUCAGAUUGGAAGUGGUUCUGCUGGCAGGACUGAUUCAAUGGAAUUUAGGGGCUCCGUGUCCCCUACUUCCUGAUUAUCUGCCCAAAUGUUGCCAUCCCAAGCUUCAGGAUCCCAUUUCUUCCCAAUCAAUCGCUUUACUUUAAUUUCAAACACCUCUCGAGGUUGGCAAUUAAGCUGGCAUUGUAAUUCAGCCACUCUUACGAUAAGCCUCUGGGUUUGGUUUUUGGCAAUUUCCGCUUUAUUACUACAUGAAAUAAGGCUUUCUUUCAAAGCACAAGUGGAAGCCUUGAGGUCAUUUAUGUGGCACUUGAGCUUUGACUCUGAAGUCCUGGGUGCAUCUCUUUCUUUCACCACUUUGUCUAGUGGAAGUAGGACCAAUCAACUGACUUCCUUAUACUUCUCAUUCUGACAAAACUGUAGAAAGAUGACACGUAUGUGUUCACCCAGAGCCUCACCUUUCACCAAUACCUGAUCUACUGGUGGUGAUAUUUUGCAUAUUUGUAUUGCCAUCUCACACCAUGGAUUAGCACUGCCCUCCCUACUGCUGGAAGCAGAGUCAUCAACAUCUUUAAGACUAACCAGACUUGAGAACCAAUUUAGAAAACUCAUCCUUAAAAUUUGAUUCCUCUAGAACCACUCUCAGUACCAAAUGUCUUAGGCUGGGUUCUCUAGAGAAGCAAAACCAGUAAAGCAUAUAAAUAUAUAUGGAGAGAGAUUUAUAUCAAGGAAACAAAACAGCUCACGCAAUCGUAGAGGCUGGAACGUCCCAAGUCUGUGGAUCAGGAUUGAGGCUUCUCUUGAUUCACAUAGCCACAGGGGCUGGCGAACCCAAGAUCGGCAGGUUGGAGAGAAGGGUUCCCACUCUCAGGCUGUGAAGAUCGACGGAUCCCAAAAUCUGCAGAUAAGCUGAUAGUUCAAAUCUCAAGAGCAGGAGGUGAGAUGCACAGGAGGCAGCUACAGGAUCCAGAGUGAGCGAAAAGCCAGAACGUCUGCUUAUAUUUGGAUACAGGCCACACCCCCAAGGAAAUUCCCUUUCAACUGACUGGCUACUCACAGCAGAUUCCAUAAUGGGAGUGAUCACAUGUACACGCUCAGAAUCACGGCCCAGCCAAGCUGACACACAAUAUUAAGCACCACGUUUUGUUUAUCCAGUCAUCUGCUAGUGGACAUUUAGGUUGUUUCCACCUUUGGCUACUGCAAACAGUGCUGCAAUGAACAUUGGUGUACAGGUUUCUGUUUGCAUCCCUACUUUCACUUCUUUUGAGUAUAUACUUGGGUUUGGGAUUGCUGGUUCAUAUGGUAGCUCUAUGUUUAACUUUUUGAGGACUGCCAAGCUGCUUUCCAUAGCAGCUGCACCAUUUCAUAUUCCCACCAGCAACAGAUGAGGGUUCUAAUUUCUCCACAUCCUUGCCAACACCUGUUAUUUUCUGUUUUCUUUGCUCACAGCCAUUCUAGUGAGGGUGAAGUGGUAUCUCGUGGUGGUUUUGAUUCUCAAUUCCCCUAUGACUGAUGACGUUGCCCAUCUUUUCUUGUGCUUGUUGGCUGUUUGUAUAUCCUCUUUGGUGAAAUAUCUAUUCAGUUCCCUUGCCCAAUUCUUGAUUGGGUUGUUGUUUUGUUUUUAGGUUGUAGUUAAUCACAUUUUGGAUAUUAAACAAUCAUCAUCUGAUACAUGGUUACCAAAUAUUUUCUCCCAUUCUGUAGAAUGUCUCUUCACUUUGUUGCUAAAGCUUUCUUUGAUGCACAAAAGUUUCUAAUUUUGAUAAAGUUCAAUUUACCUCUAUUUUUCUUUUGAAGUUUUGUGCUUUUGGUGUCACAUCUCAGAAACCAUUGCCUAAUCCAAGGUUACAAAGAUUUAUGGCUACAUUUUUUUCUAAGAGUAUUACAGUUUCAGCUCUUAACAAUUGGGGUUUUAAUCUAUUUUAAUUUUUGUACAUGGUCUGAGGUAUGGGUCCAACCUCAUUCUUUUGCAUGUGGCUAUCCAUUUGCUGAAAAAGAUUCUUCCCUGCAUUGAAUUGUCUUGGCACCUUUGUCAAAAAUCAACUGACCAUAAAUGUACGGGUUUAUUUCUGGACUUUCAGUCACACUCCUUUGAUCUGUGUGUCUAUCCUUCCACCAGUACCACUCAGUCUUGAUGACUGUUGCUUUACAGUUUUUAAAAUUUGUUUUCCAAGAUUGUUUUGGCUAUUCUGGAUUCUUUCCAUUUCCAAAUGAAAUUUUAGGGUCGCUUGUCAACUCCUACCCCCAAAAAGAGGCAGCUGGGAUUCCGAUAGGGGUUGCAUUUAGUGUGCAGAUCAGUUUGGGGAGUAGUGUCAUUGUAAUAAUGCUUCCAAUUCGUGAACAUGGCUUAUCUUUUUAUUUAGGAUGUUUUGUAGUUUUCAGCAUGUAAGUCUUGCACUUCUUUUGUUAAAUUUGUUCCUAAGUAUUUUAUUCUUUUUGAUGCUACUUUAAGUGCUUGAAUUUCAUUUUUUAAUUGUUCAUUAAACAGAAUAAUGAACAGAAACAGAAUUAUCUUAUUCUACAACAUUACUGAACUUAUUAGUGGUAAUAGUUUAAUAGUUUUUUCUUUGUGGACACAUUAGGGUUUUCUAUAUAUAAGAUCAUGUCACCUGCAACUAGAGACAGUUGUGAUUUUUUUCUUUCAGUCUGGGUUAUUUCGUUUUCUUGCCUAAUUGCCCUGGCUGGAACCUCCAGUGCAACACUGAAUAGCAACAGUGACAGCAGACAUCCUAACCUUGUUCCUUCUCUUUGGGGGAAGCUUUCAGUCUGCCACCAUUAAUUCUGAUGUUAGCUGUGGGUUUUUCAUGUGUGCCUUUUAUGAGGUUAAGGAAGUUCCUUUCUACGCUUAAUUUGUUGUUUUUAUCAUGCAAUGGUGUUUGAUUUUUUCGAUUUUUUUGUUGUGCAUCUAUUAAGAUGAUCCUGUGGCUUUUGUCCUUUAAUUAUGAUAUAUUACAUUGGUUGAUUUUUUUAGUAAACCAACCUUGUCUUCCUGGAUCAAUCUCAAUUAGUUAUGGUAUAUAAUCCCUUUUUAUAUUUUGCUAGAUUCUGUGUGCUAGUAUUUUGUUGAUAAUUUUUGUGUCUGUAUUCAUCCAAAUAAAAUUUAAUUUGCACACCACAAACCAAAUAUUAAUUCUGGAAAAUGAUUUUAUGAGAAUCAUAAAAUUUAUGGUGGUUUAGAAAAGGCAAACUUGGAGAAAAGAAAUCAUUGAUGUUCUAUAUUUUUAAGCAAACCAAAUAAGGAAGUGGUAGUAUCAAGGAAAAACACAUUAAUACACUCAAAAACUCCCUAAGGUAUUUCAAAUAAAAACAGUCAGACAUACAGAGGCAUAAAUGCAUCUUGGCUUUACUGGACCAAAAAGAAAGGGAGAUGCUUUAGGAACACAAGUUGUUCAGCUGCUUCACCUUGUACUGAAUUUCCCGAGGAAAGUCAGACAACUAAAUAACUUGUACACAGAGCCUCGAACCCACAAGUGCGUGCUCUGAUUUGGUGAGUGGCAGUACCUUUUCCUUAAUGUGGAGAUGAGAAUAGGCAAGUCACUCCUGCUGAAAGGCAAUUUCUUCUUCCCUUCCUCAGACUCCCCCGUCCCAAUAAAAGAGCAUCCUUCUUUAUUAGCCCUUGGAUGAUUUUCUUUGCCAGUGAGGUGAUUUAAAACGUCUAAAUAUGUUGAAGCUCAACAUUUACCACAUAAUAGAUCACUAAUUUCUACGAAAUUCAGAUUACCCUUUCUUUCCAGAUAAAAGGCAUCCAGAUGAAGUAAACUAACAUUUCCGUGUUGAGUUCUUUGCUCACAUCCCUCAUUAACAUAGCAGUUAUACCCACAUGAGCCAUCGAGGUCUUCUAAUGGAGAUUUUUUUAAGGCUUUAAAAGGCUCUGUGGACUUGAAAUAUGGGGAUACAGAGGAACAUGAGUAGUUGACAAAGAUUUGUUUUUCUGUUCAAAGACACCAACCAGUUAUUUCCAUAACAUUGUAAGGCAACAGUUAAUCCUCAACAUGUCUACAAACCAGUGAAAAGAAAUGGACAGACAGACAUCAUUCUUCCUCCAGCUCAGGCUUCCUUAGUGGUAACAUCUCAGGGAACCCAGCAUGCUCAUUUCCAUCUGCUAAACUGGAAACAAGAGGUGCUUCUUGUGACAGGCAUUCUUAGGUCAGAGCCAAUGUGGAUUUUAAGAAAGAAUUACUUUGAAAUUGCAAUUCUUCACAUUUGCCCUGAAUACGCAGUAUUGUGCUACUUACAGUUAAAUUCUGUAGAAAAUAAUACUCUUGUGAGUGAGUUUGCUACAGUUUGAAAGCAUCCUUAUUCAAAAAACCAACGGGCUCUAUCAUCUCAGAGGCUACAGAUGGGACAGAACGGUGUGCCUACUAGAGAGCCACAAAUGUCAAGUCUAAUCACUUAGCCAUUUCUGAUACUAAAGCCACCUUCCAGAACACUAAGCAUACCCUGAGACUAGUGAGCAGCUUGUCAGUGACUCUGCACAGAUGGAAGCUUCGUGAUGCUAAAGAAAACCAAUGGAAAGGAGAAUUGUCUGCACAGGAAAACAACCCCAUGGCCAGACGACGACCACAUCAUUCCUGACAGGAUCAGGAACAUCCCUGGUGAGAGGGAAAAUCACAGCGAACACUUUUCCACACCACGGCCUCAACAUUUGAGAUUCUGCUUUUCUUCCACAAAUAAUUUUUAGCAAUCUAUUUCAAAUUAACCACAGGGACAAAAAAUAAUGCUCAUGUUCUGAAACUCAUUGAGAUAUUACUGUUUCUAACUUUUCCUCCACAGCUGUGAUUCUCUACAAGCCAUAAUGAGCCACCUGGCCUAACAGAUCAGUCUGGGGAGAACCCGACCUGUGAGGCAUUUGAGUUUGAUGAUAAAUGGUGUCUCCAGAAUCCAGGAAAAGUAACGGCUCCAGGUGCAGGACCCAACACCUGCUCCAGCCAGCCACGCAGGCCAGAAUGGACAGGUGGGCUUGUGCAGGGUCCCAGAGCAGGCCGGCGCUAGGAGGAGCACAACUGAGAUGGCACAUGGUGCACACGGCCAAGCAGCUUCACCACCAGCCUCCUGUGGGCACGUGCACGCUCCUGCGGCCUGGGUGGACCAAAGGCUGCUCUUCCAGGAAGCAGCCCUCUCAUCCCCACCGUCACCAGAGAUAACUAGCUCACUUUUUUUUAAAACUAUGACUUUUUCUUAAAAUGUCCUUUUGGCUUAUGCUUGCUAAACUCAAAUGUGUCCAACUUUCUCCAUUUGUUAAUGGGAAGAAAGAAGCACAGUUUACCACUGGUCUAACCAAACACUCCACAGCUGAAGCCAAGGCACCCGGGAGGCACUGUUCCGAGACUCCACAUGGGUUCCACGCACCGCUAGGUCCUGGGACUGCCACUGUGGCUCUUGGAACACCACCAGUGGCUAGAGGUACCACGGUCUCAUUCGCAUAUGAGCCACAGCCUCAGUCCCAGGAAAACCCGCCUCACUGGACAGCAAGUUACCAAGAAACUAGUCUGCUCAACUGGCCAGAAAACAGACACAAACAAGGACCCAGUGCAUCCACAAGAUUAUGUCCUACAGGAUUGACCUUGCAGAACAGAAGACUCCUACAAAACAGUGAAGAGAGAAUAAAUAUGGAUGAAAUGCCCAGCCGCUCCCAACCCCUACUCCAGAAUAGCCAGGCCGGUGACUCAGUGCACUGAGGAAGUUAAGGACGUAAACUUGUACCACCCUCACAGGACUGCCCUGACACAAACAGCAUCCUGAACAAAGAGCGUGAGAACCCAGAGGAAAACGAAGUCAGACCAACGCUCCACUUCUCACACUAGUCAGGUGGAGAGGGAAGCAGACGUGUCAGAAGGAGACAAGGCAUCAAGAGCCACCUGGAAAAGCAGCACGGCAGAGGGUCAUUGACCCUGUCCCAAGGACGGUGAGUCAUUGCUGGGCCCAACCCCAUGUCACGAGGUCCUGGGCCUCAGUACAGAGACACUGUGCUCUCCAGAGCUGCUGAAGAAGCCCCGCUCUCAGUACAAGCCCAUGGCUCUUACCGGUCCUUACUGCAAUCUCCAACAACCUGAAAGCUAGGUCUCGGGGGAAUCACGGCCCCAGUGAACAGCAUUUUACCACCACUCACUGACACAACAAAUGGUCUUGGGCUUUAAUUGGAAAUGAAAUUUUUCUCACUAACAAUGGCCUGAUAGUACCUUGUACAUCUUUCAUGAUCCUGGGGGACAGUUACUGAAGUAGUCUCUUGGCUUUUGUCCUUAGUCAUAUAAAAUGACGUACAUGUAUAGUACCCACAAGUGCUUAAGUGCCAGAAUACUGGCAUUUUCAAGUGUCAGAAGGCCACGCAUCACUGCCCACAGCGUACCCCUUGUAGUGCUUGGCCCUAAAGUGUUACCCCCCACAGCUCUGUGAACACGUUACAAUUCAUUGACGUAGGUCACAAACACCCACAUCCCACAGGGAGAAACCAGGUCUCAUGGAGUACCCCAUUCAGCACGCACUUGGAAUUCAUCCACAGAUUAAAACACAAAGAGGUCGUAGGUGCACACCCAGGCAGAGGGAAAUGUCCAAUCGGGAAACUUCUCCUUCAGUGCAUCCAACUGGGGGGAUCGCUUGUCUUCCCCAAAGAAAUGGUGGGCAGCCAGAGCCACAGUGACCAUUUCUUCCGGCUGCUCUUCAGAGACCUGGAAGAGAAAAUCAGUUAGCUCCCUCGCUCCCUGAAGUCGGAAUGCUGAACCCCACAUGAUCUUGCUAAACACCCCCAAGAGCCUGCUCAGCAAUACAGGCAGAGCUGGGAAUGGCCCACCUGUACUUCAAUCCAGAACUGCCAUGCAGAGGCCUGGAGUCCGUGGGAGUAAAACACAAAGUAGUCCCCUCCUUUACUGGUGACUGGGGUGCCGUUGCCCAGAGACCACCGGGAAAGUGUUGACCCUUUGUGAGUUCGGACGUAGAAUGACAUAUGGCUCGGUCCUGCAUGACAAGAGAGGAAAAGCACGGUUAAAUCAAUCUUAAAGUACCAACAAGAAAAGCACUGAACCUCCGACCCAAACCAGACAACAAAGGUUCAUGCUGUGUGUAGCUUUAAAGAUGCUCACUACAAACGGAACAUAGGCUAGCAGCUGAGAUUCCAUGAGCUUGAACAAGGGUAAGUGAUGCGGGAGAGCGGAAAAGGCAGAGACUUCACAGUGGGAGGACCUGGGCUUACAUCUCGGCCCCGCCACCUAGUGGCUCUACAGCAUCACCAAUUCCUGUGAUCUCUGAGUCACAGUUUCUUCACCUGCGAAAUAGACUUUUUGAGAGGAUUAUAGUAGAAAAAGCAGGUGAAGGUGCCUUGGAAAACUGCAAAGUGCUACAGUACUGAGUAGGAUUAUUAAGGCAAAUGGAGUUGAUAUGUAACACCUUAAAUAUUUCUGACUAGUCCUUCCCUUUAAGCAGCAGGGUGAAACAUCAGCUGGGAUCUCACAAUUUAACCAUAAGAAAACAACAACUGGGGCUUCCAGGAAGCUAAAGACAGUGCGAAUGCCUAGGACUGUGUCUCUCAACAUUUCAUCCAGAAAUGAUACAGAGCACCACAAAAAAAUAAAACUAAACAAAAACUGCACCCUCUGCCUAACUUAAAGACAGAGGAUACCUAAACUUCAAAAUAACCAAGCAAAAAAUUCCUAGGGGCCAAUCUCUCAUGCUCUGACCCCCACUCCCACCCCACCCCCCCGCCCCCCGCUAUAAUGCUUUGUGGCAAGCAGAGGCCGGCCAGGAGUCCACUCUGAGUCUGAAAAGAGUACUCAAGGGUCCAGUCAGAAGCAAGCACGGUUUACAGGGAAGAGGCUUAGAAGUACACACAAUUUGAAGUGGCGGUCCUCAAAAAGCAAAGCUUCUAGGGGAGAGAGAAAUAAGGCAAAAAAAUAACAGAGAGGCACGAGAGAAGAAGCACGGUUAAAUCAAUCUUCAUGUACCAACAAGAAGAGCAAUGAACCCUAUCUUUGCCGUCUGGGUGAUGACGGUGAAAAGAAGUCAAAGGGGGAAAUUCAGGGCCCUGCCAGACAAAAGUUAACCAAAAAACUGGCAGAUACAUAACUCAUCCCCACCCCACCACAUAAUUAUAAAAUAUUGACAGCUGAGACCUACCAUAUGAAUCAUAAAAGUAAAUGUGAAUAGACUUAACUCAUCCAUUAAAAGAAACAGAUUUUCAUCUUGGCUUACAGAGCCAGAUCCAAUCAUAUACUGUACUCAAGAAGCACACUUAAAACAGAGAUAUUCAGGGAGGGCAAAAAUACAGGAAUGGACAAAGGUAUUCCAGGCAAAUGUAAACCAAAAACCAUGGUAUCUGAGUGGUUAGGAGACACAACCAUUAAAUGCAACAUGGGACCCUAGGCUGGAUCCUGGGAGAUGAAAAGGGUAUCAGGGACACACUGAUGAAAUGGAAUAAGGGCUACAGUUUAAUCACUAGUAUUGUACAAGUGUUAAUUUCCUAGUUUGGACACUUAUACCAUGGUUACAUGAAGUGUGACUCCAUGAUCUAGAAACCACAACCUACAAAUGGCUUCUCAGUCUUCCUGACGUAGAACUGCUUCAAAUCAGAAGAUUUCUACUGCUGUCCUAUUUUCAUCUCCAAAAACUCUAAAAUCAUCCAAAAAGCUCCAGGCUGAAGUAGAUGUUUAGAUUUCAGAUCAAAGCGGAAACCCCCCUCAACGCAAACAAAAAAAACCCCACUACUGAUCUCCUGAGACCCGAACCCGAAGGAAGCCACAUAAUUUUUUUUUUAAUUUUUAGUGUGCUUUAAGUGAAAGUUUACAAAUCAAGUCAGUCUCUCAUACAAAAAUUUAUAUACACCUUGCUAUAUACUCCUAAUUGCUCUCCCCUAAUGAGACAGCCUGCUCCUUCCCUCCGCUCUCUCUUUUCGUGUCCAUUCCGCCAGCUUCUAACCCCCUCUGUCCUCUCAUCCCCCCUCCAGAUAGGAGCUGCCAACAUAGUCUCAGGUGUCUACUUGAUCCAAGAAGGAAAGCCAUAUAAUUUAUCAGUCAAAACAACUUUAACAGUAAAAGGGGUGACAAAUGGUCAUUCUAUGCAAACUGCCGAUAUAAUAACUUAAAAAUAGGUAAAAUCCACAUUAAGAAGCUAGAAAAAGAGUAUCAAAUGGAAUCCCUAAUAAGUAAAAGAAUCAAAAUAAAACUAAGAGCAGAAACUACAGAAAUAAAAAAGAGGAAAAAAUGCAAAGUGAAAAGCUAGUUCUUUGGGAAGAUUAAUAAAGCUGAUAAACCUUUAGCAAGACUAAAAAAAAAAGUAAAAACAAAAAUCACCAAUAUCAGGAAUGAAAGAGCAGA